CGAAACUACAAACGUGAAUUUCAAAUAUAUAUACAUAAUCUAGCGUUAGAUGUGCAAGUUCUGACCUCGAUUAAUUGACGAAUUAAACAAAUCAAAUUCUCAAAGAAGAUGUCGGCCAACUCGGCAGCAGACCAGCGGCUACCCAGGGGCCUCCGGCUCGUGGCAGCAGUCCGCUCCUCCGGCGAACAGCGGCGGCACGACGGAGCAGCGGUGAUUAAAAGACCACUUCGUGCAGCUCUGUUCCGUUCCCCAGCGGCCACGGACAACGGAUGGUGGAGCAGGAAUGUCAACUGUCUGAUUCCCGAUGGAGUCCCGGCGACUCCUUGUCUAGUAUCGCGCAUGCGAAGGAGGAGCAUGGAGCAGAGGAUUAUCGGUAGUAUCAUGGACUUCGGAUUCAUCAUCGUGGGUUCCUCCAGCAACGGAAUGAGUUCCGAAGCUCUGGUAGAAAUUAAACUACUUCGGCUCCAUGGUUGUGCCGUCCUCACUGCUGCCCUUUGGGUCAAGUGUGGGGGCCGCCACCAUGACCUCCUUCUCGAUGCCGAGCUUGUUCUUCGGGCGAACGACAGCAACGACCCCCUCGUGGCGAUGGUGAACCAAGCAUGGUACCAUAAUAACUAUCACACCAUCAACUACAUCCUCAAGGGGUUGGCCGAGAUGUUGUACCUCGUCUAUGCCGCUGCAAAGCUUGCAAAGGAGCUUUGGAGUAACUUGAACAAAAAAUAUCAAGUUGAAGAUGCCGGCACGAAGAAGUUCAUCGUCGGGAAGAUGCUGGACUACAAGAUGGUUGAUAGCAAAUCUGUUGUCGCCUAGGCUGAGGAGCUUAGGGUAAUCUUCAAUUAAUGCAAUGAAGAGAAAGUAGCCGUCAGCGAGGACUGUCAAGUGGCGGCCAUCAUUUACAAACUUCCACGCUCUUGGAAAGUUUCCAAGCCGGUCUCAAGCUCAAAAGAACAGAGCUAAAUCUGGAGCAACUGCUCACGCGGUUGAGGAUCCGAGAGGAAGGGCUUGCCAGAAGAGGUGGAGCGGCAAAGGUGAAUGUGGUUGAACAUCCUUUGGGCUCUUCACAUGGCGGGAAGGACAAAAAGAAAAUAGAUCCUAAAGG